AUGGCUAAAUCUGUGACGGCCCAAAAACACUCCACCCACAAUCCAGCGAUCGACAUAAUGGCACCGCCACCUCUCAUCACCGCACCGGCUACCGCCGCCGAACAUGGUGGAACUUUCCACCAGGGUCGACUCGUUACCACCGCCGACCUAGGGCAGACAAUCAAGAAGAACCUUAACCACCUGUAUAACCUGCGUAAGAAGUCCGACGAAUCCCUUCGAGAUUACAUCAAGAGAUUCACAGCAGAAAAGGCCAAUAUUGUAGGAUGUGACUACCAAAUCGCUUCCUCUACUUUCAAGAAAGGCCUUCCGGCUAAGUAUGACUUGUACCAUGAGUUGAUCAUCACUCCCAGCCAGACUCUGGCAGAGGUCUAUGCCAUCGCGGAACGCUAUGCGCUUUGGGAUUACGAUCGAAUUGCCGCAAAGAAGUCUACUAAACAGGAAGAUCAGCCGACUAAGCGGGCAGGCCAAAAAAACGACGGAUUUAACAACAGGAACAAGGACAAGCAUAGGUCGUACCCACAAGAUGACGCUAUGGCUAGAGAGAACUACACUAAGUUCACCAUCCUUAUACAUCAAAUCUUAGCCCAAGUGAAGUACAAACCUUGGGUAAGAAGGCCACCACCCUUGAAAGGAGAUCCGGACAAGAGGGAUACUAGCAAAUACUAUGCCUUCCAUGGAACACACGGACACAUUACUAACAACUGCUUUGCUUGGAAAACGCAUCUUGAAGAACUCGUGAGAGAAGGUCACUGGAUGGAAUUCAUUGCGAAGCAGGCCAUCCAGCGGAUUGAAGAUCGUGACACCGCCAAGGAGCUACCCCAGAAGGUCAUAAGAAUUAACACAAUCCUAGCCGACUCCAAGGAGUCUGGGCUGACCAGCAAGGAAAAGAAGAGGAAGAUCAAACAGGCCACUGUGAUCUCCCAAAUCUCGAUCGACCUGCCACCAGCAGAAGAUGAUCCUGUCAUCGACUUGCAAAAGAAAGAUCUGAUCGACCUUGACAUGCCGCAUAACGACGCCCUUGUGAUCGCUCAGGCCAUGAUUGACCGAAUUCACGCAGACGAGGGCAGCGCAGCCAAUAUCUUGCAACUGGCGGUCAUCCAACAGAUGGGCUUGGAGACAAGGAUCAACAAAUUAGCCAGAUCGCUGACCGGCUUUAAUGGUGCAACAAUGGUUACCGUGGGCACAAUAGACCUCGAUGUCUACUCCCCACCUGUAAUCAGCUCGUAA